AUGGGUAUCUAUCACACCCUAUGGUAUGCUGCAGCAGUCAGUGCUAGCUACAUUCCAUCCGUUGCAACAUGUUGUACUAUACGUGUCUUUCCUUCCUCUCUUCUAUUUCUAUUCCUAUUCCUAUUCCUCAUAGAUCUAAUCUGUAUCUAUAACGAGCUUUUUACAUAUUCUUUGUCAUGGACAUCAAUGAAUCUUUAUACAAAUAUAGAAUAUAGAAUGACUACUAAGAGACCAAUAUUGGAAUCAACUAUUAUAAAAUCACCAAUUAGAUUGUUGGAGAAGUUGUCGUCACCUGGAGAACAAGACACUCCUCGUCCAUCCAAAUCGACCACCUUUCUCAUCAUUGGCAUGCAAGCAUUGCAAAAGGGUGAUUUAAAGGCUGCACAAGACAAGAUACAAGUGGCUGUUGACGAAGCAGAACGUAACAAAGAGAAUGAAGAGCUUGCAGCUUCACUUCUUGGUCUUGGUUAUCUAUACUCUUUUGAAUUGAAUGGACAGGCUGUGCAACCAGCCAAGACUCUCGAAUGUUAUCAGAAAUCACUCACCCUCUGGAAGACUAUACACCCAGCCAACAGUAUGCGAUUGAUUGGAUUGAUCAGUGACAUGGCACAACUAAAUAGUUAUCUCAAGAACAAACAAGCUUGUUUACAACUACUCGAUGAAUGUAAAUCAAUCUAUAAAUACAACUCUCAAGACAAGGAUUCAAAUCAAGAUUAUAAAGAUUUAUUAGAUGUCAUUACAAAGAAUAGUUAA